UUAUAAUUUAUGAUUAAUUUAGUAACCUCGAAACUUGUUAGAAGUGCUCAGAUUCUGACUUCAAAUAUAUGUAUUUAUGCUUCUCUACAAUUAUAUAGUUAUGUUACAUCAAAAUGUUAACAUGAACAAUAUAUACUUUUGAUAUGAGUUUAUAGAAAUACAUUGUAAAUAAUAUUUAUAACCAAGUAAAACACUUGUUUGCUGUAAAUUGAGCGACAUAGGAUGGAUGCUUAUACAGUAGCGUUAGAUCUGGGAACAGAAAUGUAUUGCACAAUACAUUUAUUUGCAAAUGUGCAAAACACCAAUGAAAUACGUACGAAAGUUAUGAACGGUGAACUUUCUUGUUCUGUUAUAAAAGCAGCACUUAUAGCAAAUCCAUUUCAAAUAGCGGUGGCUGCAAACAAAGCUGUGGUUAAUGAAAAAAUGAAGCAACUCACCACAAAAAGUUUAUACACAGAACUCUUAUUCAACUUAUCAAUAUCAAAGAAUAUAUCACGUUCUUUAAUAGAGUUUGGUAUUCAUGACCGUGAUAAAAAUAUAUUGAUAGCACUGAUACACAAAAAAGGUGAAGAAGAAACAAUGUCGAAAACAAUUAUGGAUACUGUGAAAGGAGAGGUAACACCAAUUUCAAGAUUGUCAGAAUAUUCAGAUCACAGUUUAAUUAAAAAGAUAUACAAAAUUGAUAAAGAUGAGCUAGAUGUUUCUAAUUUAACUGAUUCAGUUGUGUCCAGAAUUAGUUGCAAAGAUUUUAUAUUGCUAAGAUAAACAUGAAUGAAAUUAUGAUGUAUCAUUGGAUAGAUUAAAAACGUUGUACUUUCAAAUAAAUUUGUCUAUAAUAUGGCAAUAAAAUUUUAUUUUAAAUUUGGUAAUAAAUAUUGUUCAUUAUAAUAGAAAUUUCUGCUGAUUUUCUUUAAUUGCAUAAUAUUAUAGUCACAUUAUUUGUCAGAUCAAACAUAUUUCAUUUUUUACAUUUUAUUUAUUAUUCUCAGAGUAUAAGGCUUAUGAUAACUUAAAAACUACGAUUCUUCGAUUGCUACAAGUAUCUUAUAGUGAAUACCUUAUUCUAAAAGAUUGACAUUACCAUUUCUAUAGGUGUUAUAAUUUACAAUAUUCUUAUAAUUUAUUUUGAGGAUGAUCAACUGUUAUAUUUUGCAUUUCUACAUGAGUCAUAAAUGAUUGCAUAUAAGAGGAUUGUAAUACAGAGGAAAAUUGGAGAAUACACUUCAGUGAAAAAUA